GGAUUCCCGGGCGGUAUGCAAAUGAACCUGGGGAUCCCCGCCAAUCAGCGGCUCCGAAGGGGAGCGAGAGGGGCGGGACAGCCUUUGAAAAGGGAGCUGGAGGACCGCCCCCUUUGUAUGAAAAGCGGACCCAGGAGGAGCAAGAAGGCGAGGAGUCCGGGGCUGCUUGGAAGAAAAGAAAGAAAGAAGGAAGGAAGAAGAGUGACGGAAGUUUUGGGGAAGCGCCUGCUGUUCACCAUGGAGACCCUCAAUAAUGGCCAGAAACCAGAUGCCUUGACCACAGGAGCAGGAAUCCCAGUGGGAGACAAACUGAAUGUUAUGACUGUGGGUCCACGAGGCCCUCUUUUGGUUCAGGAUGUGGUUUUCACUGAUGAGAUGGCACAUUUCGACCGAGAGAGGAUUCCUGAGAGAGUUGUUCAUGCCAAAGGAGCAGGUGCUUUUGGUUAUUUUGAAGUUACUCAUGAGAUCACCAAAUACUGCAAAGCAAAGGUAUUUGAGCACAUUGGUAAAAGAACUCCAAUCGCCAUUCGAUUUUCUACAGUCGCUGGUGAAGCAGGUUCCUCUGACACAGUUCGUGACCCUCGAGGCUUUGCAAUGAAGUUCUAUACAGAGGAAGGCAACUGGGACCUUGUAGGGAACAAUACUCCCAUCUUCUUUAUUAGAGAUGCAAUGCUGUUUCCAUCCUUUAUCCAUAGCCAAAAGAGGAAUCCACAGACUCACCUGAAAGAUCCAGACAUGGUGUGGGACUUCUGGAGCCUUCGCCCUGAGUCUCUGCACCAGGUAUCAUUUCUGUUCAGUGACCGUGGCAUUCCAGAUGGACACCGUCACAUGAAUGGCUAUGGAUCACAUACUUUUAAGCUAGUCAACGCUAGUGGAAAAGCAGUGUACUGCAAAUUUCAUGCAAAGACUGACCAGGGAAUCAAAAACCUUCCUGUUGACGAGGCAGGCAGACUGGCCUCUGAAGAUCCUGACUAUGGUCUGCGUGAUCUUUACAAUGCUAUUGCUAAUGGAGACUAUCCAUCUUGGAGUUUCUAUAUUCAAAUUAUGACAUUUGAACAAGCUGAGAAAUUUCCAUUCAAUCCUUUUGAUUUAACUAAGAUUUGGCCUCACAAGGAUUAUCCUCUCAUCCCUGUGGGGAAACUUAUCUUAAACAGGAAUCCUGUCAACUAUUUUGCUGAGGUGGAACAAAUGGCCUUUGACCCAAGCAACAUGCCCCCAGGAAUUGAACCAAGUCCUGAUAAAAUGUUGCAGGGGCGUCUUUUUUCCUAUCCUGACACCCACAGACAUCGUCUGGGGCCCAAUUAUUUGCAGAUUCCUGUAAAUUGCCCAUACCGAGCUCGAGUAGCCAACUAUCAGAGAGAUGGAUUCAUGUGCAUUUCUGACAACCAAGGUGGUGCUCCAAACUACUAUCCAAACAGUUUUACUGGCCCUGAGGACCAGCCCAUUGUGAAGGAGACCCGUGCAAAUAUUUCAGGUGAUGUACAGCGCUUCAAUAGCGCAAAUGAAGAUAAUGUGUCUCAGGUACGAGAUUUCUUUACCAAAGUACUGACAGAGGAGGAACGUGAGAGGCUGUGUGAGAACAUUGCAGGCCAUCUUAAGGAUGCUCAGCUUUUCAUUCAGAAGAAAGCUGUGAAAAACUUCACUGAUGUUCAUCCUGAUUAUGGUGCAUGCAUUCAAGCCCACUUGGACAGGCACAAUGCUAAAGGCCCCAACAAGGGUUCUGUACAUAUCUAUACACAAUCUUCAUGCCAGGGUGGAAAGGAAAGAGCUAAUCUGUAAACACCAUGAUCUCUGAUUACCUGUCCAGAUGAUGAGAGGUUUAUCUCACAAAAUUGACAUAAGUCCAACUGGAAAAUGAUACAUACAAUGCCUUAACAAAUGUUUUGAUGAUUUCUAGAACUGUCUUUUAACAGCAAGCAGAAACAUUUAAAUUUGCAUUUUUGAAUUUUUAAAAAAAAUCAAAUGAUAACCAUUUAAAAUGAAACUAUGUUAGCAGUAACUUUUUAGUGGGCUAUAUCGAGUAUAUGGUUAAAGUAAAUUUUUGAUAACUUUUGCACAUCAAUCAAAACAAUUAUUUGCUUUCUUCUUACGAUCUUGCACCUAUUUACUGAAGAACUUACAUAAUGCUGCAAAGAGCUGUAUCUUUUACUGGCAGUUUGGAGAAUCUCGUAAAAGCUUUGUUGCGCAGAAUUAACAACUGUCCAACUAGAAAAUGAUCUUUUUGAAGCCUUAAUAAAUGUUUUCAUUUUUUACUUAAUUAUCCUUUAGGCUGAUAAUGGCAAUGUAAAACUCUUAAAUUUGCAUUUGUGAUUACAAGUAAUCCAAAUGAUAUGGAUUAUAAAAUUAAACUGUGCUAGCAAUAACUUUUAGGUGGAAUCUAUCAAGUCUGUGGCAGCCAUAACCUUUUGUUAACAUUUGCUAAUUAAAUCAAAACAUUGAUAUCAUUCGUCAAACUGGUCUUGCAUUGCAUUGCAGAAGAGAAUCUGCGCAGUGCUUCAAAAACCUCUAACUUUUGCUGGUAAUUCUGAGAUUACUGUUGCAACAAAUAAAUGAAAUCCAUAUAAUAGAGCAAAGAUCAGAUGUUAAGAAAUGCAUACCAUCAAAUAUGCAACUUUUUAAAAAGAAUUAUAGAUUAUAAUGAGCUGAGUCAAUAUGAAAACCAUUUAAGAAAUGCAUACCAUCAAAUAUAUAACUUUUUAAAAAUAUAUAUAUAGCUUAUAAUGAGCUCAGUCAAUAUGAAAACCAUUUCUAAAUUUCUUGGCGAGGUAUAUACUUAAGUACAAGUAUUAGUUUGUAUUGGUGCUAAAGCAUGUUUUUGUUGAUUGCAGCAGUGUAUUUGAGACUGUUGAUUGAAAACAUAUUCCAGAUCAUAUUUACAGUACUUAAUCGGAAAUAAAAUUAUUAUAAUAUAA